GCCAUCUCUCCCGUCGGCCUGCUUGUACCCAGUUAGAAAUAAGAACCACACUUUUGGGGGAAAACACGAUCUAACGCAGACUUUUCCAUCUGUUUCCUCGGCUGGCGUCGUUGCCAGCUGAAUCUCCUCGGGAUGGACCCAGCGAGCCGAUACCAAGUGCUGCACAAUGAGGAGGACUCCUCAGAGGCGUCGACCAGCGAUCAGCAGCCGUGCACCUCUGCGGCGGCCCAGGCUGGGACGUCGAGCCAGGCCCAGGCCGGUCCGGCUCCUGCCCCGUCAGCGGAAGAGCCAUGCGGAUCAACGGCUCACGGGGACACAGACGCACCUCCACCUCCUUACGCCUUCAUCGACCUAGGAGCAACCGCUGCCUCGCCUGAGAGUGGCUUCCAAGCCGACUUCCCAGUGCCUCCGCCCUACAGCGUCGCGACCUCGCUGCCCACGUAUGACGAAGCGGAGAAGGCCAAAGCAGCCGCGUUGGCUACCUCCACUGUGGACGUGAUACCUCGGGAUGAUGAAUUCCCUCCCCGAGAUGAUUUCAGCGAUGCCGAUCAGCUGCGAGUUGGGAACGAUGGAAUCUUCAUGUUGGCCUUUUUCAUGGCUUUCCUGUUCAACUGGAUCGGGUUCUGCUUGUCCUUCUGUCUGACCAAUACCAUCGCGGGACGCUACGGGGCCAUCUGCGGCUUUGGCCUUUCUCUCAUCAAGUGGAUUCUCAUUGUCAGGUUCUCUGAUUACUUUACCGGCUACUUUAACGGUCAAUACUGGCUCUGGUGGAUCUUCCUGUUGCUCGGUCUGCUGCUGUUCUUCAGGGGAUUUGUGAACUACCUUAAAGUCCGCAACAUGUCAGAGAACAUGGCCACCUCUCACAGAACACGCCUCUUUUUCCUCUACUAAAAAAAAAAAAAAGGUUUCCUUAUCAUCAUCACCAUUCCUUUCCAAUGUGAAGUUCCUUCCCCUACCCCUCGAAUGACCUGACCGAGGAGCCUUGCAGCGAAGAGAGGAAGACGGGGAAGGAAUGAAGGCAAGAAGUAGGGACAAAAUGUUCACCAGUCUCAUUAAAAAAAAAAAGACUCGCUCUGAAACCCUCCGCUUCCUCUGAGCCGAGCCCCCAAAACCCCAGUCUUUGAUGAUUCGAUUUUCAGCUCUGGCUUUUUUAUUUUUAAUUUUCUUUAACGCCGAACUCUCUUCACUGCCUGCUCCAGGAUCCCUGGAGAAGAAAAAAAAAAAAAAAGUCUCUCAACAGUCCCUGAGAAAAACAUUACCUUAGUUAAAAGAGGCCAACCCCUUACUUCUAAGAGACAAAGACACUUUAAACGAAAGCACAAUGGAAAUCUUUGAACCAGAAAAAAAUUUAUUUUAAUGUAACAAAGUGUAGCUCAUUUGCUAUAAAACUGCGUUCGCUGUGGAACCAUCUCAUGACUGCAGGUCAAAUAUAAAGAAAAAGUAAAUGUAGGAAGUGGUAACCUGUUUAAGUUUUUCAGGAGUUUUCUGCAAGUGUGAAAGACGCUAUAAAAGAUAUCUCGAGCCCUCGUUUUGCCUUUCCCAUCUAGUCUUACCUUAACGACCAGCCAACCCUGACAAGGUCGACCGUGCAUGUGACCUACAUCUCAGCGAUUUCGCCCGAGAAUUCCUAGCCGAAGAGCAAGCUGGUGGAAUGUGGGUUUACAUAUCACAGACCCUGACACAUGUCGUGUUUGUAAACCAAACACAACAUUUACAGUGUCACCUCUUAAAUCCAAACUUCUUUUUUUUUUUAAGGUCAAAUGAGCCGCGACGACACUGGACUUUAGAUGAACUUCCCCCCAGUUUGUCUGAGCCUUUGAACAAGUGUUUUGGAUAGACGUCAGAAAAGCUCUGCUUGCUCUAAAAAGAGAGACAGGAAAACAAAGUCGAUGAAAGUCAGUCGCAGUAGGUCACUGAAAAAAAAAAAAAAAAUGCUUGAAAAUGUGCCCGAUAAAGCUUUUCUCGCUUAUAAGGAUUUUGAUGUUCCAACCUAUGCAGAUGAUGUCUUUACCCAUCAUGAGACUUUACUAAAGGGGCGUGAUUUAACAUAUCGCUGCAAUAAGGAUCAAAUUAAAAAAAUGCUUUAAAAACAAGUCAGUAGUCGUCUCAUCUAACCCGCUAAUCCCUCGCCUUUUCUUUACUCCGCUUUCCUGCAAAAAACAACAAACAUGUCUCAACUUUUUUUUUUUAAGGCUUUGUCGUAUCACAACACAUCUCCGUUUUCACCUUUAAACAUGUCACGCUGCUGUCUGGUUUUUCCGUCUCAGUCUCCCACACAUAGUCGACAAAUCAACUGGCAGAACAGUUACUGUAACACUUCCCAGGGUGAGCAGUUAUCAGUGGAUGCUCCUUGGAUAAUCAGAGUUUUUUUUUUUUUUUAAGCCCAAGAUAUCCCUCAGUCUAUUCAGAGAUAAGUGGCCCAGAGCUCAGGACGGUUCGGGAGGUCGGCUUCUCAUGCACAUCCUGCUUCAGUGCUCUGGAAUUGGAAGCGUUUGACGUUUGACGUAACGAGCCGUGCUUACUUGUAAGUAAGCCUCUUUUGGAAUAGAAUCGUCGUAUGCAAUUUAUUUUGUAAUGCUGCGGAUGCAAAGUCCCGUGCUAAAGGUGAAAUUGAAAACGGUAUCAGUGUGUUUUCGGUUUUGGAGAAAAGACAAAAACAAGCUGCAUAGAGAGAUCACAGAAAUCUUUACUGUAUUCACUUGCCAACAAAAAUCAUUUGAAUGAACAGGAAAUCAGAGAAAAAUGCAAUAAAAGCAACUAAAAUGUGACUGGUUUUGCAUGUUGUGCAUGAUUUAGAUGAACCCACCUCAUGUAUCGCUCUCUCUCUGGGAUUUUCUGAUUUAGAUUAGAUUCAAAAUUUCCUCUUUUCUUUUCUUCUUUUUUUUUUUUUGGAGCCAGAAGCUUCUGGUUCCCGCAACAAAGCUUCUUCUGUGUGGAGAGAAGACAUGUUUCUUACUUUGAGGACGAUAGUCUAAAACAGCCAUGAAGCGAGGACACGCUGUCCAGCAUGAACGGAGUGUGAGUAGCUCGUGCAGCCCUGAGAAUGGCUCAAACAUACUUGCUUUUGAACCGUGCAAAUGCGUCGACCACCUGCAGCGUCGCGAGUGUAAAUGUUCACAGACUUGUGUGCAACGCGUGCUACUGGAGGAUUCCUCUAGAGGGAGCGCCACACUGAUCAGACGGUAUAAAACACAGAAGUAGAGGUGAUGUUUGCGGCACUGACACAUCAUAGUGCGGGUUGUUGCUGACUCACCGCUUUCCACCGUUUUUGUCGCGGCUCUCUGGUGCCUCACAAUACAACUAUACUCUGCCCCUAGUGGUUAUAUAUGCAUAUUGCAUCUCGCAGCCGUACACAACCACCGCCGGAUACGUCAUGCAUACGCGUAGUUAAAAGCAAGUAUACUCAGGGCUUAACUGGACAAAGAAAGACAUGCAUUUUUUUAAAUUUCAUUUUCUUGUUGUUGUCAUCAGAUAAAAUGAAACGUGUAUAUAACAGCUCAUGCCAAUUUAUAAUAUUUGCACUUUGAAGAAUUUCUGUACAGUCUGAUUUGUGAAUCUGCUUAACUUGGUGUGAUGGGUUAGAGAAAAGUGUUAUCUUAGCCGUCCCGAGUUUUUUAACUGGAAUUCUUAAAUCUUCCCAAAUGGAUAAUUUGCCUUUUUUGCACUUUUUUGCUUUACAAAUGGAUGAUAUUGUUAUCGUGUGUCAUUGUCAUCGCUUUGAGCCUAAACUGUGACAGCUAGAGUAUUCCCCAACUGAUUUUUUUAUUUUUUUGUAUGCUUUUCUUUUUCUGACUCGAGUCAUAUCCCUCUUAAUCCUCUUCCAGCAAUAUCAUGAUCUUUUCAACAAAUUAAAGCUCCGCUGCAUGAUUUGUCCACCCGAAUGAGUGGGGUAAUUCUUAGAUUAGAGCCCGACCGAUUCAUCGUUCAGCCGAUAAUAUCAGCAUAUCAAGUGACUAUCGGUAGCGGCUAAUUUUAUUGCAGAUAUACGCUGAUAUUACUAGAUUUAUUCACCAGUCACAUAACAUUUAAUUUGAGCAUCAUUGAAUUACAUUAGCAAUUCUCUUUUACCAGCAGGGGGCGUUAUAUGGAUGCAUUAUCACUCUCCAGCGUGUCAAGCGGUGAUGCGGUGAUGAUCAUGAUAUUGCCGAUAAAUGGGCCGACAAAAUCAAUUGAGCAUGUACGUCAUGCUCAAUUGAUUUUGUCUGCACAUUUAUCGGUAUCAGAUUUUUUUAUCUCCCUAAAUAUCGAUAUCAGUAUCGGCUCCAAAAAUCUCGUAUCGGUCGGGCGCUAACUAAGAUAAAUCAAGUACAUUUAUUUGUUUGUAAAUACAUUUAAAGAGUCGGCAGCCAAAGUAUUAAUUUCUUUUGUUCAUGAUAAUCCUUGUAACAUCCUCUGAAACAGUUGUUAUGCAUUUAUUGUAACUGGAAUUAAAAUGGACAGAUUGUCUUGCAAAAAAUGCCAAUAAAAAAAAAAAAUAAUAA